UGAUGUAUCUACUGUAACCGUUGGAGAACAAAUGUGUAUUCCUUAUACACAGAAAUUAACUGGUAGCCCGUCAAGUAUUCAUGUCAAGCAGUUGUCCUCUCAAUACGUGAGUGCACUUCAAGGUUUUUUAUUCAAUGUGUCAUCUGAUACAUUUAUGCAAAGAAAUGGGGAUUGGAUAGUCAACUUGAACUCUUCAAGACCUCACCAAAAAUUGCGUUUCAUGAUGGGGAAAGCAACAUGUGAUAGUAUUGGAAAAUACGAAAUUUCCAUAGAAUAUGAUGAUGGAAAUGUUACAUCUAAUAAAUUUGAAAUCAGUUUAAAAGACCCACAGCUACAACACAGUGUCACACGAAUUGAUGACAACAUUCAUAUUCAUUGUGAAAUGAUAAAAACUUGCAUGGCCAGCUCUUUGGCCUUGUUUGUGAACGAUGGGAAUUCGUCACGUAUGAUACCUAACAUAAAUGUAUGUAGCAACAAUGAUCAGCAAAGUGGCACAACAGUUUCAGUUGACGCGAUACUUGGUGCAUCGUGGUUUUCUGGAAAUACGACUAUAUCAUGUGUUCCACUAAUAACAGAUUCGGAACUUGCUGCUAACCUUACAUCAACGACCCGUAUACCUGUAUGCGAAGGUGAUUGUGUACCUGAUUGCAAGGAUGAUCCACAAGGUGAAGCAUACUUUCCAGACAAAAAUGACUGUACUCAGUUUUACCAAUGUUCAAAUGGACAACUUGUUUCUCAAUCCUGCUCACCAUCAACAUACUGGUCAACUAGCGAGUGCACAUGUGUUCAUUUUGAUGAUAAAAUGUGUAAUAGAGAUACUAACAAAUUCUUAAUUCCUCUUUUGUCUAUCGAAAAAUGCACCAAUGCAUCGCUUGUGUAGUUAAUUAUUAGAAAAGAAUGUAUCCAAUACUAUGGUUCAUUUUUCUUUGUAAGUUACCAUAAUGAUUAUGUACGAGUCCUUGCAUUGGACAUAUGGAGAUAAGUGAAAGCAUUAAAGUCCACAGUCCUAGGGCAUCGGUUUUCCAUGAAUGUGGCACCUUAAAAUUCUAAUGUGAGUGUUCGAGCAAAUAUAAAUAUUUAACAUAAUUUGUAAAUACAUUUAAGUGAGAAAACGAAAUAAGACGAUAUUUUAAUGCUUCUUAUGUAAUUUUGAUAAUUGUAAAGAUAUAUUAAACAAGAUAUUACCUACCAAUUACGUAGAUAGUAUAGUAGAAGAAAAAGAAGAUUUUUUUUGUUCUAUUAAAAGUAGCAUAGUUCAACGUAAGACAUAAAUGAGUCAAUAACAAAAAUAAAUGGUAUAUUCAAAGGAGGAUUUGGACUGAUGCCGAAAUAUUCCACAGAAUUAAUGACAUAUUCAUAAUUGAAUGGUAUUUAUAGGAGAAAUUGAAGUUCUAAUCAGUUAAAUCUUCUAUAACAUAAAAUAAUAGACUGUAUCUUACUUUUCGUUUUGAUACUAGAUAUAUAUGCCUGCUAGAAUAAAAUUUGAUUAAAUAAGGGAGAUUACACAUACACUAGGGUUCAUCUGGAUGAUGGUAUUCCAGUUGUAUAUGAGUGCUGACUGAAUAUAUUAUACUUUGGAUUCUGAGAUUCUUUUCCAAGAAGGAAA